GAAAAGUUAACAACAACAACAGCAGCACCACCACCAGCACCACCAGCAACAGCACCACCAGCAACAGCACCACCAGCAACAGCACCACCAGCAACAGCACCACCAGCAACAGCAACAGGCGGGGGUGAAUCAUACUAACUUGUACCUGAAGCACUAAACUACUUUACAAGAUGGAUCUUUCAACGUAUACUAGUAAUAAUCACUGUAAUGUGUACGUGAAUUCAGAUGUACCUGAGGUGUGUAAGGAGGAGCCAUGUGUGGUAGGCGUUGAUGAAGCUGGCAGAGGACCUGUCCUAGGCCCUAUGGUCUAUGGAAUUUGUUUUUGUCCAGUGAACAAACACAGUGAACUCAAAGCUUCUGGUGUGGCUGACUCCAAGACACUGACAGAAGAGCAAAGAGAGAAGAUUUUUGGCGUAAUUCACGAAAACUGUGACUAUGUUGGUUGGUCAGUUGAAGUUAUAUCACCUUUAUAUAUUUCCAACUGCAUGUACAAAAGACCAAAGGUAUCGUUAAAUGAGGUGUCUCAUAAUGCAGCCAUAGGCUUGAUAAAACGUGCCAUUGCCGCUGGAGUGAAUGUGUCAGAAGUGUAUGUGGAUACUGUUGGCCCGCCAGAGAAGUACCAGGCUAAAUUGCAAGAGAUUUUUCCUACAGUCAAGGUGACUGUUGAGAAGAAAGCUGAUGCACUGUUUCCUUGCGUAUCAGGUGCAAGUAUUUGUGCUAAGGUUGCCCGUGACAGAGCCUUGAAAAAAUGGGAGUUUCCUGAAGGAAUAGAAAUUGACAAUUGGGGCAGUGGAUACCCAGGAGAUGCUGUAACAAAGAACUUUUUAUUGAACUCGCUUAAUCAAGUAUUUGGUUUUCCGGGUAUUGUGAGAUUUUCCUGGUCCACUGCUGAGAAAAUCCUUGAAGAAAAGUGUGUUCCUGUGACUUGGAAUGAGGAGGAAGAUGAAGAAGAAAAAGAUAAAACUCCUUCUGUCCUCCAAUUUUUUGCUAAGAAGCCAAAAUCUUCAAGUGUGUUGGGGCGACCACCACAAAAGAAAACACACCACUUUUUUACCGAUCGCUGCCUUAAAUCUGUUGAGAGUUUCUAAGUUAUUUUAAUAUAUUCUACAUGACAAAUUGUUAAUUUGCAGGCAUUUGUGUUGAGCAAAUAUAUAAAUGAAAUUUUAGCUAUUCUCUUUUAGUAACUUCAUCAUUUGUCUUUUCAUCUUACUGAAAUCCGUUGCCAUGUUGCAUUUGUUUAGUAUUAAAAUGUGGUUUUCAUAUUUAAUUUUCAAUCCUUUAGCCCUUCAGUCAUAAUUCUGAAAUAAGUAAUCUGUUUUUAUUGUGUACAUCACACUUUCACUCUGGCCACCAAAUAUUUUGAACAUCCUAUGCUGUUCUCUGACAUCUUGUAGACUAGGUGAAACUUCAGUUCAGUAGGUGCUGGCAACUGCUGCUCAGAGAAUAGUCUCCCAGCACUAAGACCACACAUGUUUGUAAUUUACUAUAAAAUAAGAUAUGAAUAUUUUAAAAUUCCAACAUCAUGCUCACACUCCAAUUGCGAGUUGAAGUAUGAGUAAAAUAACAUUUGUAAAGGGAUUCGGGAAAACCAGUUAGUCCUGGAGGUGGGAAGUACAGUGGCUGCACUCUGAAGGAGGGGUGUUGACAUGUUAGUUUUUAAACUAGUGUGGGCACACCUCUGGUAAGACAGUGAUGAAAUGAAUGAUGAUGAAAGUUUCUUCUUUUUUGGGUUACCCUUCCUCGGUGGGAAACGGCAGAUUUGUUAAUAAAAAAAAUAUUGUAAUAUAGAUAAUUUGUCAUUUGCACAAAAAAUACAGUAUACAGUAGGUCUCUAACUUUUAAGCAUCAGUGUUGUGAUUUGUAAUUUAUGGACAGUCUGCAAAUGCAAACAUUGCAAAUACAGCAUUCAGAUAUAAAUUUUCAGUAAAUUAUAUUUUCUUGGUUAUUUUUUCACUUAAAUGCGUUCAUAUUUUCCAUGGGUUCAUUGUAUGUAUGCGUGUCUGGCUCAUAUUUGUUUGGUAGAGACUGGUCAAAAACUUUAUUUAUUGCAAUUUAUUCAAAACAAUUAUUUUUUCUUUUUGUAUUUAUCAAAUGCACUGAUAUUUUGUAAUUAGCUUUUAUGUACAGUAGGGCUACCACCAUCACAAUCACUACCACCCUCUACCACCAUCACUUCCACCCUCUACCACAAUCACUACCACCUCUACCUUUGUAGAGGGUGGUAGUGAUAUUUCUCCACAAAACUUAGGAACUCAUUUUACAAGGUCUUGAAUUCUAUCGUGUUUCUCCCCUUCUUUAUCAAAGGGCUGAUACUCUGAACUUUCUUUGGCCCCAUGGUGUCUUAUUUCACAGUAGCAAUCGAUAACAAGCACAAAAAACAAUGGAUGAAUGCACGGAAUAUUGCUAACUCAGUGAGAGACAGAGGUAGACUGAGUCUGGUACGCAUGAGAAGCGGCGUCCCAGGCAGGUGGACGCAUCUAAUACGGAUGAUUUCCAAGUGGAUGUACAAAACCCGGGGGAAAAUUUCACCUAAAAAAAGUGAUCAAAAUCCAAAUUGUACAAUUUCCACACUGCACGAAAACCAGGGUCCUCUUUAUUUCCUAUGAGGAUAAAUUGAGGGCACUGACUCUGCAUUCUAGAAAGGCAUAGAAUUAAGAAUAUGACCAAGAUGUAUAAAUGGAAGAUAUGACCCUUGUAGGUUUAGCAUUUUUUUUUUAUAUAAAUGGAAGACUGGAAUAAAUAAAGGAUAUAAAUAAUGUGCUAAAUAUGUCAACCAAGAGAGGACUCCCAGCAAUAGGCAUAAGUUGGAAAAAUUUAGUUUGAGAAAAGAUAUAGUAAAGCAUUGAUUUGGUAAUAGAGUUGUGAAUGAGUGAAGCAAACUCCUGAGUAGCAUCAUUGAAGCAAAAUACAUGAGUGGGCGUGGGUGGGUGUGAGUUGGACCUGACCAGCUUGUGCUGCUGGGUCUGGUACAGUGCUCCAUCCUUGAGUGGGGAUGACCAGACUGGGUGGGUCAUUGGGAUAACCUGGGGGUGGGUCAUUGGUCUAAUCAGGGGGGGGGGACAUGGACCUGCUCUGCAUGGGUCAGUAGGCCUGCUGCAGUGUUCCUUCUUUCUUAUGUUCUUAAAAACCUUGGAUAGCUUUAGCAGCACUGUAUGACCCUAAAGGGGUUAGUGCUUCUUUUUUAUUAUAACGGUUGCCUUAAAAAUAGGUUAGACAUAUACAAAAGUGAAUGUGAGCUGACUUACCUAUCAUGGGCCAGCAGGCCUGCUGCAGUGCUCCUUUUAUGGUUUUACAUUAAACUACAUCCCUACCUUUGACAUAGACAUCCUCUUUGACCUUGUAAGCGACAGCUUUAUUAUACCAACUUUGCUUAUACUUUUCCUUUAGCAUUCUUCACCUUCUUUAUUCUGCCUCUGCCUCCAGCAUCCUCUUCACCUUCACUGGUCUCUGAUCUAACAUAUUACAUCUUUAGUACAUCCUAUCAUGCAGUGCUGUAUGACUGGUGUUAAGACUAAUAUUACAAUAAAAGUGUUUUAAAAAAUCUGAAGAUGAAAUAAUACCUGUUGUCAGGCUGUGUAAGUUUCCUUUAUCUAAAACAAUAUAUAAAAAAGCUUCAUUUAUGAUGAAAAUAAAUAGAAUCUUCUAUUCAUAAUCUGACAAAAUUUAAAUAGACAGCAUACUUUGAUAUUACAUUUUUUUUUUUUUUUUAACAUUUUAUGCAAUUGUUGAGAGACUUAAUAUGUAUAAUGAUUUAUUACACCAUAAAUUAUUACCACCUGCACCAUUACUUGUAAAGUGGAUUUUGUGUGCAAUUUCAAGAUUAUUUUACCGAACCCUACUCCACCUUACUACCUCUCGCUUGUAUUAAGUUUAAAUAAGACUGUAAAACAAUUAACCACUAUUGCUUGUCUAGUUUUAAGUAUAGUUACUAUGUACUAUUAUCUUAUCUAGUUUUAAUUAGUUACUUUGUAUUAGGAUUAGUUUGCCCGGAAUGCCUCGGGAUGAUAGUGGCUAUCUUUGUACUUAGCAAAUCAAAAUUGUAAUUACACAUUGUAACCUUGACAAAGAAAUAAACUUUACUACUAACCUUC